UAUAGUUGUAUGCUAUUGUUGAUAUGGAAGUUUAAGCUUCAUGAUGAGGCCUGUCAUCUAAUGGUACAGUAGUUUUAUUUUUGUGAUUAGAAAUUUCAUUAGCCAGUUCUGUGGUGUAAAUUAAGGCUGUUGUGGUUUCGUAUAGCAAUGGCCUGAGAUAGAACAGCUGCAGAAAUUGUUGGGAGCAAACUCUAAGUAUGUGCAUGUAUGUAUACAUAACAUUUAAAACCAAUAACAAUCUACAUUUGUAAGUUAAGGAGGUUUGCAUUUAUGAACAAAAGAUGAAACAUUAUGCACUAACCUUAUCAGCUCCUUUGGAAAUUCAGAUUUUUAUCCCCAACAGCAUGAGAUCUUUUUCCCCAGUUGAAGAAAGCCUAUUACUGUGGGAAGACUGGGGCACAAAUUUGCCUGUGGAUAAACACCUUGAUUAACAAGACCAACAUAUCUCAGUAACGUUUUCUAUUAGUUAUAUGUACUUCCUUUGUUUUUGAUUUAGCAAGAUGGCUCAGUCAAGAAUUGUGUGUGUGAAGACUAACCAGCGGAAUGAAGCUUACGAUCUCUUUAUUAUCUAUUGGUUUCUAAUAUUGAUACGUAACAGAGAAAUAUGUCAAACGUUAUGUUAAUGCGGCACUUUUUCUGCGCACAAAACCAUUUCUGCUUAGGAGAUGAAAUCACAUCGUUGGUUAUUGGUGCCAUUUUUAUGGUGAACCUCCUUAAAUUGCAUGUAUAUGUUACUGUUCCUAUGUAUGUUUGUCUCUCUAUCACAUAACCCAGAACUUAUUUCCUCAGCCAAAUGGCUAGGGGCCGAGCCUAGCCAUGAUUUUACCUCCAAUGGACGCAAGUUUCUUUGGUGAAGAUUUCUCCUGAGAGUUCGGGACUAGCAGAAAGAAGCGAGAAAAUUUCGACCGUUUGGUUCUUACGGAUAGGUAUGAUGGACGUGGUCACCUCCAUGACCUCUCUGAAUAUGACGCUGAAUAUUCCACGUGGAACAGAGAUUAUCAAUUAUCUGAAGAGGAGGCUAGAAUAGAUGCCCUCUGUGAUGAAGAGAGAGGAAGAAUAUAAGAGACUGAGUGAAGCUUUAGCAGAAGAUGGUACCUAUAAUGCCGUGGGAUUCAGUUAUGGCAGUGAUUAUUAUGAUCCUUCACAACCCACAGAGGAGGAGGAGCAGCAGGCCUCCAGAGAAAGAGAAGCAGCUCAGGCAGAAAAUGUCGAAGAAAAUGAAGAACCUUUCAUUGCUCCCUUGGGACUGAGUGUACCCCCUGAUGUAGAACUGCCACCAACUGCAAAAAUGCAUGCAAUUAUAGAGCGUACUGCAAAUUUUGUGUGCAAGCAGGGAGUUCAGUUUGAGAUUAUGCUGAAAGCCAAGCAAGCCCGCAAUUCUCAGUUUGACUUCUUGCGAUUCGAUCACUACCUCAACCCCUAUUACAAACUCGUUCAGAAGGCUAUGAAGGAGGGACGAUAUGCUGCUCCUUCUGAAAACAAAAUGGAAGAAAAAAAGAAUUCAAAAGUUAACUCUGAUGAAGAGGAGGAUGACGAUGAUGAAGACGGCAACUACCUGCAUCCGAGUCUCUUUGCCUCAAAAAAGUGCAAUAGACUUGAAGAGCUUAUGAAGCCUUUAAAAGUGGUGGAUCCUGAUCAUCCACUUGCAGCACUUGUCCGCAAAGCUCAGUCUGACAAUAACUCAUCUACCCCACAAUCAGCAGAUGGUGCAGCCAUACAGACAUCACAGGUGGACUAUCCUGCAGAUUCAACAGUGGCAGCCAUGUAUUACAGUUACUAUAUGCUACCUGAUGGAACCUAUUGCCUGGCACCUCCACCCCCAGGAAUUGAUGUUGCUACCUAUUACAGUGCACUGCCUGCAGGGAUGACUGUAUCAAGCACUACAGGAGUAACAUCAGUACCUCCACCUCCUGGUACUACACCUCCACCUCCCCCAGAUACAACUGAUUCCAAUAGUGGGUUAACUUCUACUACAUCUGCUCCAAGGACUUCUGAUGUUUGCAGCACAAUUGCUCCAGUGGUUGCCAUUAUCCCACCACCUCCAGAUAUCCAACCUGUUAUUGACAAGCUGGCUGAAUAUGUUGCUAGGAAUGGAAUUAAGUUUGAAACCAGUGUUCGUGCCAAGAAUGAUCUGAGGUUUGAGUUCCUGCAACCAUGGCAUCAAUAUAAUCCCUACUAUGAAUUUAAGAAACAAUUCUUCCUUCAAAAAGAGAGCAGUGACAGCUCUCAGGGUAUAUCUUUAUCAGAAGAUGUUCCAGCAGAUACUGCUUCAGACACACAGGGUGAAACUCAGUUUCUGGAUGAUCACACUUCUGAAGAUGCAUCUGAGAUGGGUGCCCCAGGAAUUAAAAAGGAUUCACCUGUCAGUAAAACUAUCAGUGAUGGUAAAUUGGUGAAAGCAUCAUUUGCUCCAAUAAGCUUUGCAAUCAAGGCCAAAGAAAAUGACCUCCUUCCCUUGGAGAAAAACCGUGUUAAGCUAGAUGAUGACAGUGAUGAGGAGGAGGAAGAGGGCAAGGAAGGCCAAGAGAAUGCUAGCGGCUCUUCAAAUAUUAAUCCAACACUCACCACUCCGUGUACUGCUGCCGAAGAGAAAAAACCUCAGCUUACCCAAGAGGAGUUGGAAGCCAAACAAGCAAAGCAAAAACUAGAGGACAGACUGGCGGCUGCCGCAAGAGAGAAGCUAGCACAGGCCUCCAAGGAAUCAAAAGAAAAGCAGCUUCAAGCGGAACGCAAACGGAAAGCUGCACUCUUCUUGCAGACCCUGAAGAAUCCCUUGGCAGAAGCAGAAGUUGAGAAAAUUGAGGAGAAUUCCUUCAAUAUAGAGAAAUGCCAAGAGGGGAAGUGUCAUCAACCAGGGGAAAGAGUCAGAAGGCUUUGCCAUGAGUACUGUAGCAAGGCUGUCAGUAACAUGCCAUAUCCUUUGUUGACUGGAGUCAGAACUUUGCCCACCGUGGAAGUUAAAUCAUCAGAAAAGCCUUCAAGCCAGAGCAAAGAUCCUCCCAGAGAUGAAGAAAAGGAAAAGAAAAAAAAGAAACACAAGAAAAGAUCUCGGACAAGAUCUCGGUCCCCUUCCAAAUAUCAUUCAUCAUCUAAGUCCAGGUCUAGAUCACAUUCAAAAGCAAAGCAUUCACUUCCCACUGCCUAUAGAACUGUCAGGCACUCAAGACUCACAGCAUCCACAGGGACACUGAGCAUGGAGCCGAGUCUGAGCAACUCAUCAAUGGCAGCAGCAACAGAGCGAGAAAAUUAUCAGGCAGCUUCGACAACGAAAAGAUUUGACUGCUGGAGCUCUUUAGAGGGAAAUCCUGGUAAAACGUCAAGAUCACGAUCUAGAUCUCCUCGGAGAAGGGUCCACUCACCUGAAAGGCGAAGAGAGGAAAAGGCUGUCCCAACAGCUUAUCGCAUUAGUAACAGUCCUGGAAUGAGUAGGAAACGCACACGUUCCAGAAGCCCCCAUGAAAAGAAGAAGAAACGACGGUCUAGAUCAUGUACCAAGUCCAAAGCUAGGUCUCAUUCACCAUCCAUGUCACCUGGCAAACAGUCCACACAUAAGAACUCUGUACAUUCAACUAGUGUGUCUCCUGUGGAGAGUAGGGAAUCCAGCCAAGAACGCUGCAGGGGCGUUUCUCAGGAAAAAGACGGCCAGAUUUCUUCAGCAAUCGUGUCUUCAGUGCAAAGUAAAAUAACUCAGGAUCUUAUGGCCAAAGUGAGAGCAAUGCUUGCAGCUUCCAAAAACAUACAAACUAGUGCCUCCUGAGACUUGUUGAAUUGACCAUCAAGAAAACGGUGUGAAGAGGAACACUUUAAAAAACUGCCUCAUCUCAAAUGUACAGCCGGCAAAUUUAGCUCAUUUUGGAUCAGUUCUCUUUUGUCUAAAGUUAUCAAAACCUGAAGAACUGAAAACCUUAUCAGUACGGAGCUGUCCCCUUGGAACUCGACUUUUUGCACCCAGAAUCUCUCUUGACAGCUUUUGGUUUUUGUAAAUUGAUUUUUUGACUAAUUCUUCAGUAAGAUUUUAUGAUCAGCUGUCUGUCUGUAUAUAUGUAAAUAUCAUGUUUCUGUGAUAAAGAAUUACACAAUAAAAGAGGAGAGAAACACCUUUUAUUAGCUA